CCGAUGAUUUAAUUUUUAAGUUUAAGCGCGUUACUCACAUACAUAUACAAACAUACUACUUGCGAAAACACACACACACACCCCCGACACGACGCACAGCGAUAGAUGGAUAGUGGAUAGAACCAUACCAUAUCCAUAGUGUACGACGAUAUAUAUUUACUUGGAGGAGUCUGACCAACGAACAGAUGUGACCCCCCGAAAAACAUAAACCAAAAACUCGAACAAUUGCAGUAGUACGCGAAGCGGAUCGGUACGAAACGGAACGGAGCAGGCAGCACACAGCUGAAGCAGAUUCUAUAAUUAAACAAAAACAUGUCUAGUUGUGAGUAAGCCGAAGAAUAAGAACUACAAUAUAUAAAGCGAGCGAUCUGCGAUCUACAUAUAAAGAGAAACGAACGAAAAUAACGCGAACAAAAACCAAACAAGCAAAAGAGGAAAACGCAAUUACAGCACAGAACCAACAAGAGAGCUAGAGAGAGAGAGAGAACGGGCAGCACAAAGCAACAAACACAAAAAAAAACGCAGCCAUAGAUGCCCGCACGGUGCGUAUACUCAAUAAAGAAGCCGGAACACCGCCCGCUCUUCUGCAUUGACUCAUAUCUUGCAUACAACUCCUCUCUCUCUUAGAACAGCUGCUCCACCCUCAAACACACACACACACAAGCAAACAAGAGAGAUACAAACAAUUACAAUUCACCCUCACCCACGAUCGUGCAUCUGUAUCUUUGUUUGUGUUUUGUGCGAGAGAUUCCAUAGCUAGAAAAGAACUUGGAUUCAUAUUUGGAAUAUCUCCGGGACUAUUUACGGAAUUAUUACUUAUGGCUUAUGGCUUUGCGGCUGGACUUUGAGCGCGUGCCUGCCCAGCAUAAUUAAACGAUAGACGAACCAACAGAAAGAGCGUAUCUAUGAAGUAGAUAAAUAUCUUUAUACGAACUAAAAAUAUAAAUAAUAAAUAACUGCAGCAACAACAGCCAAGCAGCACUCGAAUCGACGAACACAUAAGCUCGAAAAACAAUUGGAAGAAGCAUAAAACUUUGCACAAAAAGACCAAGCAAUCUGACUCUGCAAACAUUGUAUUAAGAAGAGAGAAAUUCAACUCCAACUCGAACAGAACAAAGGAUCGGAUCAGAGUGGAAUCAACAACUAUUGUGAUAUGUACAAAUUUUUACUCAAAUACUGAAAAAAACACACAACUAGAAACCUAGAACCCAAAGGUUCUAAUUCCAAGGAAUCCCAGUUGAAAAUCAAUUAACCAGUGGAUAUAAUCUACCAAAGAUUAGGCUAACAAAAUAUCAGAUCAGCACAGUAAUGGCCGAGAAAGUGGAACACUCACAGGCCAGCCUGAACAGUCAACAGAAUGAUGCUCGAAAGGUGCGCAAGUCGCCCGAUUUUCAGCCCAUGAUGCCCGGCGUUAUAUCCAGAGAACGCAGCUUUGUGCGCACCUCGAAUCAACAGAAUAUCAACAAAAGGCGCAGUCUGGCCUUUAAUGUGCCUGGAAAUCAGCAAUCGGGACAGAUGCGGGGCAAGCCUGCUAUGGAUAUAUAUCGACCGCCAAAUGUGCGCGGCGAAAUGGCUGCAGGUGCAGGUGGUGCAGUGGCAGGUGCAAACAAACUGAAUGUGAAUGCCCAGGAGUUUACGAUGACGGGCAACUGUUCGCCAACUGAGGCACUCAGUAAUCGUUCGUCGCUGAUCUUCCCCACCAACGGACCCGGCCAGUACGUAAAUGUGAACGUGAACCGAAGACAGGCUGGUCUCUCCCUUGGCAACAUGCCCGGCGGCAUGAAGGCCAGUCAUCAUCGCUCCAUUUUGGUCACACAUCCAAUCAGUCCGCUGGUGGGUGGACAAAUGCCUCUGAUGAGCUCCCCAUCCAGUGGCAAUAUAUUACAUACAACAAAUCGUGUAAAGUUUGCCCCGGAGCCCAGAGGGCAGCAAAAGUCUUCGGCAAGCCACAACCAGCAGUUCCAGCCGAACUAUGGACAGCCCUAUCAGGGGAACAACCUCAACGGCUCCUUGGAUCCCUAUAUGAACGGCAAUGCCCUGCAACGCUCCAAGUCGCUGUCUUCGGCUGAUGCUCUGACCCGUGGCAUGGCCGGUCUGGGCCUGGGCCUGGGCAAUGAGAUGUCCGACAUUGGAGGGUUUACGCCGGAGAUCCAAGCUUUGAUCGACACAGCUCUGGAAGAUCCCAAUCAGCUAAACUCGCGCUGCCUCAUGGAGCUGACGUCGCAGUUCAUUAAGCGGGCAGUGGAAAGCCGUCGCUUCGCCUUGCCCAUCUCCCGUCUAUGCCUCAAUAUCAUAGCCAGGGAGCAGAAGGAGACCUUCCUGGAGGCGUUGCUCAAUACGUGCCGUCAGUGGUACCAGGAGCGUGAGAAGCUUCUGUUUGCCAUCCAAGGCAUGAAGUCACCUUCCCGUGUUCGUUUCACGGCCUUCAUGGCCUUCCUCACGGAGAUGUUCUGCCAGUUGAAGCGUCGCCAAAUCCAGCUGCGCACCCACCACGAGGGCACGCCGCCGCCAUUGGUGCUGCUCAGUCUGCUGUCCAAGUGCUGCGAGGAUUGUGUGCGUCCGCCGAUUCGUUCGCUUUCAGAGGUUGAGUGCCUGUUCUAUGUCCUCACCUGCAUUGGCCAGGACGUGGAGCAGCAGCUGCCACAGCAGUUGGAGCUGCUCAUGAGCCUCGUGCGCGAUGCCUUUUUGAAUGCGAGCGACUCGGCCGCUGCCAUACGACGGACACUGCUGCAGCUCAUCGAGCUAAAGGCCUCCCACUGGCAGCUGCCCGGCAACACAGUCCUCUACUACACCCACAACAACAACUAGACG